AUGACCCACACAAAUAUGCAUGAAUACACUUGCGAGGAGACGGCCUACGCCAUCGACACCUCUGCUGUCGCAUGUUCCAAGAAACAGUCCUUCUCCAGUCUCAACUUCGUCGUGCUGCCGGCGAUGCCUUCUCGUCUCGGUCAGUUCGAUGACGCGGUAAUCGAUAUUCCUUGCUUGCACGUUCCGAUGCAAGCGUUCGUGCGUUGA